AUGUCGGAUCCUUCAUCUACGGCAGCGGCAGCUGCUGCCGUCUCCGACGACUCAAGCUACGUUGACGACAACGACCAGAUCCGCUCAUUGCUUCGAAACUUGCCGUCGCUCAAGGGGCCCUACGCGCCUGUCGACUGGGCGGCCUUUCCGACGACGCCCCAAGCAGCCUUUGUGCGGUGGCUCCGCGACGCUAUUGCAGAGGGUGGCAAGACCGCCGCAGCAUCGGCGACGCCCUAUGAGCCGCACGCCAUGACUGUCUCGACCGUCGACGCCGAGGGGCUGCCGGACGCCCGCGUUCUCAUCCUCAAAAACGUGGACGGCCGCGGCUGGCAUUUUGCCGUCAAGGCCGCCAGUCCCAAGGGCCGCCAGCUCAUGGCCAAUUCGGCGUGCUGUCUGACUUUUUAUUGGUCGUCACUCGGCCGGCAGGUACGCAUCCGUGGCCGGGCCCUGCCGUUGCCGGUCGAGGAAUGCGCCGCUGAUUUCUUGGCCAGGCCACUGGCUUCGCGGGUCAGCGCGGUGGCGUCACCGCAAAGCGAGGUCAUGGUGGACCCUGCAACGUCCGAAAACGAACUCUCAAAGAGGACGGCCGAGGCACAGGCCCUGUUUGACAAGGACCCGGAGUACGUAUCGCCCGGAUGGCUCGUGUACGCCGUGGCGCCGACGGACGUGGAAUUCUGGCAGGGAGCAACAGACCGCCAGCACCACCGACUUCGGCAGGGCGGAAAGCCGCCAAAGCCAAAGAUGGAGGUUUAG